CAUAGAUUCAAACAUAGUUUAAUUUUUCCUUGCUGACUCUUUGACCAACGUUUCGGGCAGUUUGCAUUGCUCGAAGCGUUGAGGACGUGGAUAUCGGUUCUAUGGCAGAUCGGGACACUGAUGUGCAGGCCGCGGACAUUGAGGAUGAUGGCUCCUACCAGGGCCCCGGGUCGAAAAAACUUGACCAGCUGAGUCGACAAGGAUCCUUGAGUGUCUUCCGAGACAUUGACAUGGAGGACCUGGUGAAAGACGCGCAGGAACAGCAGCUCCUUUCGGAACCAAAGUACACAAGCAACAACCUGGAUGUGCCAGUUGUUAUUGUGACAAGUGAGAUCAGCCCUUGGUCGAAAUCAGGUGGCCUUGCGCUUGUCACAGCUUCCUUGGCUCUUGAACUGGCAGGGAGAGGUCAUCGAACAAUGGCAGUUAGCCCAAUGUAUGACAAUUUUGCCAAUUGUAGCUACCUGUCUUCCAAGACGAUUUGGUUGUUUGGGUGGGAGCACGAGGUGAAGUAUUUUCACAUGUGGCAGCCCUUGGAGGUUGAAGGGACCAAAGGAGUCGACUACAUUUUUGUGGAUCACCCGUGUUAUCACCGACCUGGUGGCUUGUACUACAAUGCACAGGAGGGUGUUGAGUAUGCAGACAACCUUUUUCGGUUCGCUUUAUUCACGCUCGCUGCGCUCGAGGCUCCAUGCUGUUGUGCACCUGGAGGAGCCGCCUAUGGUGAGAAAGUAAUGUUCAUCGCCAACGACUGGCAAAGCGCGCUGCUUCCAGUUUAUUUGACGCAUAGAAUGAGACCAAUGCACAGGUUUCAUCAGUCCAGAUGUAUAUUUAUUGUCCACAACUUUGGCUACCAGGGAAUCUAUCCCUGCAACAAGUUGGUGCCCAAUCCAGAGGGCACCCUCCCGAUCAUUAUCAAGAAUGUCGACAUAGAUGAUUUUGGUUUGAAUGACACUGGUGCCUAUGAGCACAUGAUCUACCAAUAUCCUCCAUGGGAGAGGUCAUACCAUGGCGAUGAUGGAAACGUUUGGAACUUGACCAAGGGCGCUGUAAUGACAUGCGACAGACUUCUGACUGUCUCAGAAGGCUAUGCAGAGGAGAUGAAGACUUCUGAAGGAGGGUUUCGACUUGACGAACUGGUAAAGCAGAAGGAGUUCUUUCUAAGUGGCAUCCUGAAUGGAAUUGACGUCGUCACGUGGAAUCCCAGGACAGAUCCAUACUUGGCGAUGCAGUACGAUUUUGAUUCAAUGCCUGCUGGAAAGGCUGCUUGCAAGAGGCAGCUGCAGGAGAAAGUUGGUUUGCACGUUGAUGACAACAAGGUCUUGGUCUCGUUUGUUGGGAGACUGACAACGCAGAAGGGCGUUGACAUCAUCCUUGAGGCUACCGAGUGGAUGAUGGAAGACACCGGCAACAAUGUCACAGGCAACAUCCAGGUGUUGAUGAUGGGAAACGGAGAUGAAAUUUAUGUUCAAGGCAUGCAAGAUAUGUCCAGAAGAUAUCCUGGCAGAUUCGUGGGGAUCAGUUUUGAUCCUGCAGUUGAACACGUGAUGUAUGCUGGUAGCGACUUUUUGCUGAUGCCCUCAAGGUACGAGCCUUGCGGUUUGCCUCAGAUGUGUGCGCAGCGCUACGGCACCAUACCUAUCGUCACCCUCUGCGGUGGCCUGAAGGACUCAGUAGUGGUUGAGCCGCCUGAAGAAUCGACAGGGUUUGGCAUUUUGCCGCUGGAGUUUGGCAAGUUCAAAGAGGUUGUGUACAGAGCUUGUGACACGUAUUUCCAUUAUCCUGAUAUUUUUGAAGCAAUGCAAAGCCGUGGGUUUGUCACUGACUUCUCUUGGUGUGUUCGAAUCGACCAGUACGAGAAGAAUAUCGAUUGGACACUGAACGAUCCGCCCUACGUGCGUUGAGUGUCUCUCAGUGCCGAAAAAGUUUCACGCGUUAUGUAGAGCAGCAUAGAGUCUGGUUUGCCGCACUUUCUCAUAGCCCAAGCUUUACAGUACAUGUUGAAAAUGCAGCAAGCCAGAACGUGAGAAGACACUGCCAACGGCCUCAACUGGCCAACGCAGUUAGGAUUGGGCCCGUGGCCAA